GCUUCAGGAAUGCCACGUGACAAAGGUGUUCUUUAAAAGAAGGGGCUGGCGGCACAGUGAUGCCCACACUUUGUGGUUUUCGGUUGUGAGUGCCUGGUCUGCCCAGAAAGCUGUGCACGAUGAUUGAGCCCUUCUUAGGCACCUGGAAACUGAUCUCCAGCGAAAACUUUGAGAAUUACGUGAGAGAACUGGGAGUGGAAUGUGAGCCCCGGAAAGUUGCAUGUUUAAUAAAGCCAAGCGUUAGUAUUAGUUUCAAUGGGGAAAGGAUGGACAUCCAAGCAGGAAGUGCAAGCAGGAACACGGAGAUCUCCUUCAGGUUGGGGGAAGAAUUUGAAGAGACCACUGCAGACAACCGGAAAGUGAAGAGCCUUAUAACCUUUGAAGGUGGGUCAAUGAUCCAGGUCCAAAAAUGGCUUGGCAAACAGACAACAAUUAAAAGAAAAAUUGUGGAUGGAAAAAUGGUAGUGGAGUGCACCAUGAACAAUGUCGUCAGCACUAGGAUCUACGAAAGGGUGUAGCAGAAGGGUUAACACCAGCAAGAACUUGGCCACCACAAAGAACUUGCCACUGAAGAAAGCCAGCCCCAGGGACAGUGAUUUAAAACAUCACCAGCAUAAGUUUUGCUCAAUAAAAGCAGGAAUUGAAA